CUUCACUUCAGUUCACUACAUUAACACUUGCUUGCUUCUCACUUCUCACUUCUCUCUCUUUCUCCUUCCAAUUCUUCUUCUUCUCCAUUGUUUGGAAACAACUUUUGCUCUGCGUUUUCUUGUUCUCACGAUGGAUGUGACUGUGAGGAACCCUUUGGUGGGUGAUUAUGUUGCCGGCGACCAUUUUCCGGUGGGCAUGCGUAUUCUUGCCGUUGAUGGCGACCAAGCUUGUCUCAGAGUGUUGGAGAACCUUCUUCGCAAAUGCAACUAUAAUGUUACUACUACUACUCACUCAAUUAUGGCACUUGAAAUUUUGAGGAGAAACAGAAAUAACUUUGACCUGGUGAUUACUGCUGUAAAUAAGCCAGACAUGGAUGGUUUUUAUCUUCUUAAGAAACUGGGACUUGAAAUGAUGGACAUUCCUGUUAUAAUGUUGUCGGGACACAAUGACAAAGAACUGGUGAUGAGUUGUGUUGUGUACGGCGCGUGUGACUAUCUAUUGAAACCUAUUCGUAUGGAAGAGAUGAAGAACAUAUGGCAACAUGUCGUGCGCAAGAAGAUGAUUGGUAGUGAUCAGAAUCAAGCUGCCAAUAAGGAUAAAACCUGCAAUGUUGCUGGAGAAGGUAGUAGUUAUGGUUGCACUGUAUCAGAAAAUAGAAUGAGUCAGAAAAGGAAGGAACUAAGUGAGGAUGAGAAACUAAAAGAAGACGAUGAACAGUCAUCUCGGAAGAAGGCUCGUUUGGUUUGGACUACUGAUUUGCAUUCUAAAUUUGUUGCUGCAGUUCAGCAAUUGGGUUUUGACAGGGCUGUUCCUAAGAAAAUACUUAAAUUGAUGAAUGUUGAAGGCCUUUCAAAGCAACAUGUAGCUAGUCAUCUGCAGAAAUUUAAACUGAGUCUCAAAAAUUCACCUAAUCCGGCUAGUUUGAACAUGGGAGGAAGUAGUGGUUCUUAUCCAUUCGUCCAGCCAAUCCAGUCUGCAAAUAAAACCUCAAAUGCAACUCACUUAUCUAGUUUUUCUGAAAAUUUGUCUCCAUUGAGUGAGGUUAACGAUGAUCAACUUGUUGACAAAAGUUUGAAGUUUUGCUCCUCUGGUUCUGGUGAAUUUUCUGCCACAAGUGGUGUUGCUGAUCCUGUACAGAAUGCUAGAGCUGACGAGAUGCAGAGGCAACAAAGUUUUUGGGAGAGUCUACUUAAUAACACUAUUUAGGUUAGGAUAUUGUGAAAUUUUAUCGUAGAAGCUCCUCUGGUCAUUGAAGGAUGAUUUUUUUAAAUCAUUUCAUUUAUUAGUUUUUUGAAGGAUUCAGCUUUAUUUGCACUUACGAUUUUGGAUUGACGUAACAAUGUCAAUAGCAUUAUAACACCUCUAAUUUACAAGACAAGUAACAAAGACUCACUCUUGUAUGUUCUUCUUUUGUCAUUAUUAGAAUUUGAAUUUUAUGGAGCUUGUAGGUGUAGUCUUCUAUGUGAAUCUCAGAUUUAUCAAAAUGUGAUGGAAAUGGCAGUUAUUUAGUGCUUUUAUAUUCCAUUGCAUGGGGGCACUGUCAUGAAUACAGAGAUCAUGGCACACACUAUAA